AUGGAGUUGGCGAAUAAUAAAAAACUUACACCUACAGUGGUUAAACGUCUGGAAAAACAGUUAAUUACCCUCAAAUUAUAUUAUAUGCAAGAAAACCCGGAUGAUAUUGCAAAAAAAUUGGAUAUAUCAAAUCGCACGGUUUACAAUUACUACGAUCAAAGAUCUAAAAUUAUUAAGGAAGCCAAAUUAUUUACUACACCUGAUCCUAUAAUCUUAGCGUUGCUGAAUGAUCUUGAAUUGUUGAUUCCACCAAAAGCCCUGAACCAAGACCAAAGCCAGCAAGCUGAGAAAAUAGAUUCAGAGGCUUCAAGUAGCAACGUGCAGGAGCCUAAUCUAAUUAAAGAAGGACGCCAAAUUCAAAGCAGUAACGUAUCAAAAUUUGAAACCAUUUUUAGUGAUUGCAUACUAUUAUUAACGGGUUCUGAUAAUCAUAAAUUAUCCAAUGCUACAAAAAACAAGCUAAUCCAAGAGCUCCAGUUUCUAAUUUCAUCGAUGACGUCUACCGAGGACUUAUUCAAAAAACUUCUAAUGACCGAUCCUUGGGAACCGUUCGGCAUGAUGAGGUGCUAUUACGGGAGUGACAGGACAUGUGAAAAGGGUCCAGAUGGUAGGAAAACCAUUGCUUGUAGAGCAAGCUACGAGUCCUUUCAAGAUGAUUUUUGUAAUAGGAGAAGUUCAGAUCAAUUGGAUUAUAAUCGUGAUGGAGAGAUUAUAGAAAAGUACAGUUUAUGCCACCAAUCUUUCCUCAGUGAUCGUCCGGCAGCUGAAUGCAUAAAUUGCAUAAUAGAUUUUUGGAAGCGUAAAGACUCAAGUAAAGUGUCAAACUGA